UAACAUGAUUGCAGGAAAUCACGCAAUAGGAACAGUGAGAAAGUUCCCGACACUGCCUUUGAAUGCAAAUGGAGUUUGGAUCGACCCAACGGGUGGUGUGUGGCGUCAAGCAACUGACAUUCAGAAUGUGCCAAAUGGCAAACCCGGCGAAAAUGUUGGUGAUUAUGCAGCCGCUGCUCCAACACUUCCGCUUCCUGAUUACGAACGAUUGAGUCCAUUGAACAUGCCUGAUUAUGCGGAAGUUGCUGGAUGUUCAUCAUUCAAAAAUUCCAACUCCCCAACUUAUGAUACGUUUGGAGCGUAUGCUACGACGACUCUCGUUGGUCGACAAUUUUCAAAAAAUUCAUAUUCAGCACCAAACAGUGUUCAUUACAACAACUUCAUUAACAACGGCGGUUCACUUGGAAAUGGAAGUCAUCAACUCAUGCAACAUCAAUUUAAUCAAAGUGGUAAUGGAGCCGCUCCGAUGUCAAACAAUCAAUUGAAAAUGAACAUAAUCGAAAACAAAAUGGAGCAAUUGAUGAAUAAUUUGAAUAGUCCGAAUCCGCCUGCUCAACAAUCCCAUCAAACUCCAAAGAAGAGUAGCGGGAGUUCAUCGAAAAGUGUCCCACAAACUCCCCUUCUAAGCACCAUGAGACGUAAUCGUCUCAACAACAGUAUUAAUGGAAAAAGCAAUAAAUUAUCGUCUUAUGGCGAUAAAAUAAACUUUGGCGAGGACGGGCGAGGAAGUGAACAACCGCUUUUCAUGAAAUCCAAGUUUGAUGGCAGUUGGCAAUCUAUUCCAUCAACGACUGCCUUAACAUCAUCAACGACGCCCAGCAACAAUGACAGUCCAAGUCACUUACCAUAUCAUCAUUCGCCUCGACAUCAUCCAAUGCAAUCGUCAUUAAAUCAACUGGGCGACAACAAUAAUCAGCCGAAAGCCAAUUCACACAGCUAUUUGAGCAGCUUUGGAAAAAGCGAUAAAGUGUAA